AUGGCAGGAACGAGUAGAGCUAAAGAUCAAGUUUUCGUUGUUGGUGUAGGAAUGACGAAGUAAGUGGUUGAUUAACAGUCAAACGUCAGCUAGUAAACAAUACAGGGCCACUUUUGGCGGAGCACAGAUCUAGAGGCUCCCUUAGGGCGGCAGUGGAUGAAAGAACGAGGAGUAAUCUAUAUGCGUGUCAAGUCGUAGGUCUUUAUAUUUAAUGCCUCGAUUGGUUCAGCAGUGGACGAGCAAGUGAGGCAAACAAGCAGGCUCGUUUGGUGGAUGGUUAAAAGUAGCCCUGUAUUUUAGCCUCGCGAUCUAACUUGCAUGAGCUGAUGAUCAUGACACCAUCUACGGCUUUUGAAAAUUCUCUUUUCUUUCAGAUUUGAAAAGCCUCUCACCAAGAAAUGGGACUAUCCAGGUAUGUUGAUAAGGAAGUAUUGGAAGCAUUAUAUUGAAAGAGUGUUUUAAUUAUUGCAGGUUGUCUGAACACAAAUUGACAGUGGUAGGAAAGUUAUCCCCAUCUUUUAUGGAAGAGCUUAUUUUUUAAACUUAACUUAUCAUAAAAAUUGAAGCUUUUGGGAUUUUGAAGGACAUCCCCCUUCCAUUCCCUCCCUCUGCUGCAGAGAUUGAAGCUCUAAGGUUAUGCCUUGCUCUUUAAAUGGUGUCCCAACUGAAAUCUCUCAUGCAACAAGGAGCUGAAAUAUACAGUCAUGUGCCCUGUUAACUUUAUCAGCCAAGAUACAUUUUUUAACCCCUUGCACCCCAACAUCAGUGUGUAUAUUCUCCAUACUGUUCUCUAUACAUUUACCAAGGUGCUGACAAGGAGAAUUAUGUUUAAUGAUUAAGAGCUCCCUUAGUUUGUGAUCAUUCCUUUCAUUCUCCUGACUUAUAUGUUUGAUUCAGUUGUGAUGCUGUAAGGAGAAAUUAACUGAUGGUCACUCUAAGUUAGUAGAAGGGUUAAGUAGAUUGAUUACUGACUUUUCAGCUGAUAAGCCCUCACAUUCAAUAAUGGUCAUUGAUUUUAAGAAUGUAUUGACAGAUAUGGCUCGAGAGGCAGGGACAGCAGCACUGAAUGAUGCUGGGAUUUCUUACCAGGAUGUGGAGGCUGUUGUUGCUAGCUACUGUUAUGGAGAACCAACAUCAGGUGUGAUUGUUAUUUUACUAAAAAAUGCUACUUUAGUUGGUCACAAUUUUGCUUUUUCAGGGUAGUCUCGAGCACUAUUUAUGUCAAAGUCAGUGUCACGCAAACAUCACUUUUCAUAAAAUCUUACAAGAAUACCUAAUUUUUAGCCCUUUACACCCUAAAAUAAAUAUGCCUAUUCUUAAUACUAUUCUCUAUACAUUUUCUAAGAUGCUGACAAAGAGAGUUUGUUUAACAAUCAACAGCUUCUUUGGUUGGUAAUCAUUUCCUUUUUGCCCUUGACCUUAAUGUUUGAUUUCAGGGUGAUAUUGCAAGACACAAUUAGUUACUGGUCUCUCCUAGAGGUUAAGAGGAUAAAAUUUGUACUUGAAUAUUGCCUCAUUGAACCUUGCUGUUCCCUUUUAUACAGGUCAAAGGGCAGUUUAUGGUAUGUAAAGUGCAUGCUGAAUAUAUAUUUUCCCAGAAUGUGGGCAUUUAAUAUAACUGAAAAGCAAAUCAUACUACACUGAGACCUUCAUGUCUAAUAUUUGGCAAUGUUACUGACCCUUUAACUCCCAAGAUCUGAUUGUCAAUUCUCCCCUUUAGCUGUGACACAUUUCCUUUCAAAAUAGUUAUGAGAAUUUAGUGUUAGAUCAAGAUAAAAACUUCUACCUGACAACUUUGGAGUAUUCUCAUUACCUGUUUCCUGAAUAAUGUAUGGAUAUUUUGGAGAGAAGGUACAUGUUGAUCAAUUUUGGGAGUUAAAGGGUUAAAAGUGAUUGCAUUGACUCUAGAGUACCAACAAUUUUCAUUUUAGUCGAAUAUAAGGAAUUCUGGAACUAAACCAGUCAUGUCUUUUUUUACAAUUUAUUUUUAUUAUUUGUUUACCUUUCAUUCUCUUUGGCUUAUUGCAAUAUUUGGCUUUCGCUCUCCUUUUACAAUUAUGAUAACAUUCAAGUGGGUUUGUGUAGUUCCCAUUGUGUGCCUGCAUUUUUACGUCAACAUCUUGGAAAUCGAUCAUGUGCCUUGUUGAAGAAGAGCUAGUCGUGUUCGUGCAGACACAUUUUGUUAACUGAAAUAGUUGUUGUUUUUGGACACUCAAAACUUGAAACAGGCAGUAAGUUUUAUCGUAUUUCAUGUAUAUGGUAAUUUUGCCUGCUAAGGUGUAAUUUUCCAUUCAUAGAAAACCUACGUUACAGUCAAAAUUGGAUGUUUACUCAGUUCAUGGGAACAUUUGUCAAUUAUCGUUGGAAUCACUGUAAAUAAAUGAUUUGAGUUUUGGAUUUUGAGUGCAUUCUUAUGUGGUUCUGCAAACUGAGUAACAGUUUGAAUAAAUUUUGGUGAUUAAUAAGAAACCUCUCCAAUUUAAAAGGAAAAUACACUCCUGUCUUAUUUCAGAGUUGGGUCUGACUGGGGUCCCUGUGUUUAAUACCAAUAACAACUGUUCAUCUGCAUCAUCUGCCCUGAUGUUGGCAAGGCUGUUGGUUCUCAGUGGACAGUAUAGGUGUGUUUUAGCCUUAGGUAAGUCCUUACACUUUCUCUCAUGAAAAAUUUUAAGAUUUCUACAAAAGGUUGUGCAUUGUGCACUGUGCAUUGUGUUAUUUAUUGAUUUUGUGGUGUGAAGCAAUAUGUUUGUCAUGAAUGUAUUAACCAGGUGGUCUUAUGCGUGAUAUAGAUCUAAUAGAACCAAGUUAUGAAAAGUCUUUUUAAAUGCAUACACACCUUGGCCAUGUCACAUAGGCCAACAGAUAGACAAACAACCAAAUUAAGAUAGUUUUGUUGUUUGUUUUUUUCUGUAAAGGUUUUGAAAAGAUGGAAAGAGGCCUGUCUGAAAGGUACAAAGACCGUGUAUCUCCUGUGAAACGUCACAUGGAUCACAUGGUUAAUAUUGGUGCUGCUCCUGGGCUUGUCAAUCCCCAACUAAACUCUAUGACCUCAGAUGUUAUUAAGGUAACCUAUAGUUAGCAGCACUGUAUUAAGUGGUCACCAUGUAUUAGGUGCUGCAGAAACUUGGAAAAGGAAAACGUCACUUUAGACUGGGUCUCUAUACUGUCUGGUAACACUUCAUCUCUUGGCUAGCCUCACAGAUUGGAAUCAUCCCCUCUAAAACUUAUUACAGGCUAUGUCCACAAAAUCAGGUAUCCUUAAUUGGUCCAUGUUCAAAUCAUCGUGGCUGACAGAUAAACUCUGAUUCUUUCAUUUGCAUUCCCUUCCCUAUCUCAAUAUUUCAAGGCUAGAGAAAACCUGUGUCUAACUUACACUUGCAGUGGAUGGAUUGUGUUAUCAUUUACUUUUCCUUCUGUCUCAUAUUUCAGCUGUUUGCCUAUGCUGCACAAGAGCAUAGUCAGAAAUAUGGUAGCACAUUUGAACAAUGUGCUAAAAUCGCUUACAAGAAUCAUAAGCACAGUGUUCACAACCCAAAUGCUUGCCUUAGAAAGGAGCUCCCUUUGAACAGCAUUACUCACUCAAAAAUGAUUUGCAAACCUAUCACCUUUGCCAUGUCUGCACCCACAGCGGAUGGUUCAGCGGCUGCCAUUGUGUGCUCAAGAGAAUUCAUGGAAUCAAAUGGAAUGCAGGUUUGUUUUGAAGAAUUCUGUUUUUUCCAGAAGGAAACUGUGUCUGCACUGUACCUGAUUUUGAAGGCUUUUGAGGGAGCCAACCAAGAGGGGUGGGAAAGGGGAAGGUUUUUAGAAGCUCAAAAAAAAACUACCACUAAUGGAACAAAUCAUUGUUACAAUAUCAAAAAUAAUUUUUUUUAAGUUCAAAUUUGUUGGCCUUAAUGGAGUAAAGUAUGAACUUUUAAGAAAAAAUUGAAACAGAUAUACUUUUAGGCUGUUUUGAAUUUGGAGUUUUGUGGUUCAGAACACAUGCAAACUGGCCAGGAAUAUGUAAUUAUGGUCCUUUCACAGGCAGCAGAUUGCAUUUAAUUUACAACCCAGGUCGGUUCACUUCUUUUCUUUCGUAGAACAAAGCUGUAGAGAUCUUAGCUCAGCAGAUGGUUACAGACCUACCAUCUUCAUUUGAGAAGAGCUUUAUGGACCUAGCUGGGGUCACCAUGGCUACAAAGGCUGCCAUAGACUGCUACAGAUCAUCAGAUCUCACACCCCGUGAUGUGGAUGUCUUAGAAGUUCAUAACUGCUUCUCUUGCAAUGAGGUCAGUGGAACUCUCUUGAUUUGUUACUGUGUCCAAAAGAGACUAUCAUGUACACCAUAUGUGAAGAACAGAGUAGGCUGUUUCAGUCUGUAGCUUGUGAAAAAAGAAUGCUCAAUGGCUGUUUUUGUAACUGAAAACUGUGAGAAUGACCAUACUAUUACAAGUUAGUUGCAAUGUUUGUUUUUUUAUUUUUUCAGUUAUUUAUGUACGAAGCCAUGGGGCUUUGCCCAGUAGGGAGGGGUGGGGAGCUCAUUGAUUCAGCUGAAUGGAUCAGGAACGAAAAUGGUAAGGCCUACAUAUUACUGUUAUACAAAUAAAAUAUUAUUUUGAAUAAGUGUUGUGUGUGUCAGUGAUGUUCUUACCAAAAUUUUGUCUGUCAUCUAUUACUCUACAGACCCACGGCAACAUGAAAUCUAUUUGUUUCAUAGGAUAGGAAAGCAAAAUGUUGUUAAUGGUGAUGGCAUAUAAGCGUCUGUCCUCCAAUAGAUCACAAGAAAGAACCAACUAAAUUGCGUGCACAUUUCAGCUCAUAAUGAAGUGACUUUUUUAUUCGCUCUCCUUAGGCGGGGAAGUUUGUCGCAUUGGCAGUAGAUGGGUAGUGAAUCCAUCGGGAGGUUUGGAGUCGAAAGGUGUGCUUCUUAAUUUGUUAUUAUAUUGUAUCAUGUUAACUUUCUGAAAAGAAAGUAAAGGCGAUGCUAAACAAAGCUCAAGAUAGUCUUAGUACGAAAUCUCGUCAUCUUUGACCAAACAGAGCGCUUGCAUGUCAACGAUCAUGCGGCUAAUACGUUUUUUUCUCUUUAUUCCCAUCAGGACAUCCGAUCGGCGCCACAGGUCUUGCGCAAUGCGCCGAACUUAACUGGCAGGUAGGUGUAAUGCAUAUUUUUCGGAGAACAAGGAAGAGCAUGGGCAAGUGGCGGGAAAAAGAGGGUCGCGUGGGCACUGGGGAUUAGGCGAGAAAAUAAGGCACCUGCGCUUUCUUUGAGUUUCCAUGUUACUCCUGAGGGACAGAACUAAGCGUGGUUUAAAUGCUCCUAAAUCUGCAUAAGUAACUUUUUUAAAACUUGUCAUUUAAUUCUUGUUGCAGCUCAGAGGUGAAGCAGGAAAACGGCAGGUAGACGGAGCAACAGUUGCCUUGCAGCACAACUUUGGAAUUGGAGGAGCUGCUGUGGUGACGAUGUACAAGAAAUUCAAACCUCAAAGAAGGGAACAGCCUCAUGCCAAAUUAUAACAGUGUCUCACUUUCGACUGAAGCGAACUUUGAAACACAAUUAUCAACCAUAGCUUUCCAAACCAUUAUUUAUUGUAAAAUGCUGAACAUAAAAGGCUGAGUGUAGACAAGAAUACCGAACUCAAGUAUAAAAUACUUUUUUUAAUAGAGAAUGGAAGAAAUUGAACGAGACAUGACUAAAUUAAGUAUCUAUUGAAAGAAUCUAAUGGGUAGUUUCUUGAAAUAAUUCUUCCAUUUAUCAUUAAGGAAGCUGUCAUUU